AUGGCUAUCUGUAAGCCUCUAAAUUACAAUUCACUUAUGAACAAGAGAUUUUGCAUUUCUGUGGCUGCUGCCUGCUGGGCUGUGGGCUGUAUCAACUCCAGCAUCCAUGUACCGUACACCUUACAGCUGCCCUUUUGCAGGUCCCACAAUAUCAACCAUUUUCUCUGUGAGAUACCUAUUUUUUUCCAUCUGUCUUGCCAAGAUACUUGGUCCCAUGAGCUAUCAAUGUAUAUCACAGCUUGUACACUUGGCCUUAUUGCGUUCAUUUUAAUUCUUUUUUCAUAUAUCUAUAUAAUCUCCACUAUCUUAAAUAUCCGUUCCACUGAGGGAAGACAUAAAGCUUUCUCUACAUGUGCCUCCCAUCUCACAGUGGUCUCUCUGUACUAUGGGCCUCUGAUGUUCAUGUAUUUUCGCCCUCACUCCAGAAACUCUCCCAGCACAGAGAGAACUGUGUCUGUUAUUUACACUGUUGUGACUCCAAUGCUGAACCCCAUCAUCUAUAGCAUAAGGAAUAAGGAUAUCAAGGUUACCAUACAAAGAACACUGAAUAUGCAGGUAUAA